AUGAGAACUUCAUUCAUUACUUUAUUAACUAUCGCAGCUACUGCUUUAUCCGCUCCUUUACAACAACAACAACAUAAACAUCAUGUUCAUGAAAAAAGAGCAAUUGUUACCAAAGUUGUUUAUGUUGAUGCCAAUGGUAAUCCUAUUUCAGGUCCAGCUGAAACUGCAAGUGCAACUGCAGAAUCAGAAACUAUUAAAUCAAGUCCAGUUACUUUAUCAUCAGUUACUUUAUCAUCAUCAAGUUCAGCUUCAGCUUCAGCCUCAUCAUCAGAUAGUGAAUCAACUGAAACUGGCUCAUCAAGCUCAGGCUUAGGUUCAAUUUUAGGUGAUUUAAAAGCUUUUGUUGAUCCAUCACAAGAAUUUCAAGAUGGUGUUCAUGAUUGUUCAUCAGUUCCAACUGGUCAAGGUGUUAUCCCUGUUGAUUGGAUUUCAGGAUUAAAUGGUGGCUGGACUAGUAUCAUGAAAGAAAAUGGUGAUACUUCGUCAACUUGUCAAGAUGGUUUUUAUUGUUCAUACGCUUGUCAAGCUGGUAUGUCAAAAACUCAAUGGCCAUCAGAACAGCCAUCAUCAGGUAUUUCAGUUGGUGGUUUAUAUUGUAAAAAUGGUAAAUUAUACAGAUCAAAUGCUGACCAAAAAUACUUAUGUUCAUGGGGUAAAAACAAUGUUGAUUUUGUUUCAAACAUUUCAAAAAAUGUUGCUAUUUGUAGAACUGAUUAUCCAGGUUCAGAAAACAUGAACAUUCCAACUUUAUUAGAAGCUAACGGUAAUGCUCCAGUUUCAGUUGUUGAUUCAGAUUCUUAUUACACUUGGAAAGGUGGUAAAACUUCAACUCAAUACUACGUUAAUAAUGGUGGUGUUUCAGUUGAAGAUGGUUGUAUUUGGGGUACUGAAGGAUCAGGUGUUGGUAACUGGGCUCCUGUUGUUUUAGGUGCUGGUACAACUGGUGGUAAAACUUAUUUAUCAUUAAUUCCAAAUCCAAAUAACAAGGAACAACCAAAUUAUAAUAUUAAGAUCGUUGGAGAUGACGUUAAUGGUAACUGUAAAUACGAAAACGGUCAAUAUAAUGGUAAUGGUUCUGAUGGUUGUACUGUCACUGUUAAUUCAGGUGACGCUAAAUUUGUUUUCUACUAA